GCGUUGCAAACCGAUAUGUGUAUAAAAGCUGUGGUAGUGUGCGCUGAAGCCAGUUCUUUCCUUGACUUUGUGGAGGCUGGACGUGGGAAAAUGCAGGCUGUCACACUAAUUCUCUUGGCCGUCAUGGUGUCCGUGGCCCUGGCAGGAGGUCAGUACUACGUGCCGCGCGCGUACUACACGAUCGACGCAGAGGGCCACGCGUCACUGCCGGUGCCGCUGCGCAGGUUGCGCCGCAGUCCUUCAUACAACCCGUAUCCUCCUAAUUAUCCUGGAGCGAGUGCUAACGCCAACGCCAAUGCCAAUGCCGAGGCUUAUGGCGGGGGCGGCGCCAGCGCGAUCGCGAACGCGAAUGCCCACGCACGCGCAGAGAGUAGUAACGGCGGCUGGGGGUUACCCAUCGGGGCUGGGUACGGCGCUUCUGCUCCGAUAAGCCCUGGGAUAACACGUAGCAUGAGUGGGCCCGUCCUCGAUGCAAGAUCUAUUUCGGCUGGAUCUUCAGUGCGUCUCGACCCUUCGGGACAAGGAUACUACGAUACUUACGCUUCAGCGGGACAUUAGACGUACAUCAUAAAAAAUAACAACUAUAAUUAUGCACACUAGUUUAUCUUGAGAUAAGUGCCAAGAAUACACAAUCGACAAAAUUGAAUUGGCAUUUUUGCUACUUUGAAUAACUUUCUACACAUAUAAUUUAAAAAUUAUCAUUACAAAA